UUCGAACAGCCGCGUCAAUCUCACUUGUCCCACACCCACCUAUAUUGUCCCUCUUUGGUUUCCCGCGCUGAGGCCAUGGAGGAGCGCGUCGAAUUCGACAUCAACAAGGCGUUGACGUCGUAUGACGUGGAUCCCGCGACUUUGGAAGAUGCGGUAGUCCCCGUUCGAGAAGCCCCGACGGAGCUGCUGGACUGCGAAGAUGACCCAGAGUCACUGACGAAGGAUCUGUUGGACCGAGUCUUGGAUCCUGUGGUCGAAGCCAUCACAGAGAGCCCUGAUGGUAUCACCGUCAGCUCCGUUUUCGACACAUUGAGGUUCAUCUUGAGAUGGACCUCAAAAGAUCCCGCAAAGGUCCCUGUCAAAGUUCCUACCGCCACACUCAGCCAGAUCCUCGACCUUUUAACCUCAGCGAUUGAUGCGGAAGUAGAUGCAGCCAACGGGCCUCUAGAGGCGGACAACCAGGAAGAGGACCUCCCACAUCACAAACAAAUAUUGGAGAUGUAUGCUUUCCUGAUGCGAUGGACCUUGAUGGCGGUGGAGAAACGGACCGGGGAGCAGCCGACCACCACCGCAGCAAAGGGGCGUGGGAAGGGCGCGAAAGCGAAGUCCAGCCAGAAGGACGACAAUUGGGACCCCACCCGACAGCUGUCCAAAGCCUUAGCUACCCUGUAUAGAGUACUGGGUCUCAGACUCUCUCGGAUGUUCUCCACCACUAUAGAACGCGACACGUUUGUCGGCCUCAUUACAAAGCCAGUGUGGCGCAUCCUGGACAAUGAAACGAGAAUGAAGAGUGUCGAUAUCAAGCAGCAUUGCUUCAGGAUACUUUGCAAAGCCAUCAAGGCUCAUGGCCAAGCUUCCAAUGCACAGGGAAUGAUCACCCAGAAGCUGCUGGACCAGGAACAUCUGUCCGAGCCACUGGCUGAGUUCCUCAAUAUUCUGCACAGAGAAUAUGCCCAUCCUCAACUCGCGGAGGAUGUCCUGAAAGAGUUGAGCAAUAGGGACUUUGACACCAUCGGGCAGAAAGGCGAGAAAGGGCCGAAAUGCGUGUCUAUAUUCCUCACGAAGUUGUCGGAGCUCAAUCCUGAAGUAGUUUUCAAGCAGAUGGCGAUGCUGCAAAAUCUUUUUGACGCUAAGCCACACCAACUCAGGAAUGCCCUGAUUGAUGCUUGUGGGAACAUCAUCAUUAUGUUCAGUCAACAGCCGAUAGAAGGGGAUAACAAGAAAGAGAUGGGAAGGUACAUUGACCUCCUUGAGGAGCGAUGCCGUGACACGAACCCUUACUGCCGCGCCAAAGCCCUGAAGAACUUGGCCCGGCUUUGCGAAAUCGAAAUAAUAUUCCAAAAAUUCACCAAGAAGCGGUUAAGGGUAGCCCAAGUGGCCAAUCUGUGCCUCACUCACGAUUCCAGUCACGUUCGACGUCAUGCAAUCGCUCUCCUGCGUAAGAUCAUUGAGACCCAUCCAUACAGGAUGGUCAAUGACGGGUUGCUUUCGUCCAAGGAAUGGAAUGAACAACUGCUCGAGGUGGAGGCUAAGAUCAACGCACUGAAACCCCAGGAGGAGCCGUCAGACCCGAACGAGCCCACUGUCGAUCCAUCUCUUCUGCAAGAUGCUACACAGGUAGAAAACCCGGCCGGGGGCUCAAACUCACAGCAUCAAGAAUCAGAAGAAGAGAUGGCGCGGAAGGCGGCACUUAUAGCCGAAAAUGAAGCGAAAAUGGCGGAGCUGUUAGAGCACCGGAAGUACUUUUGUCGGGUCCUGGACUUCAUCGGCAUCAUCAACGAUAGCGCCGAUAUCAUCAUUCAAUACUUUGCAUCGAAAACUAAGACGGAAGUCAUUGAGGCUAUGGACUUCUUCACACUGAUCGACGCCUACAAGGUCGACAAUGCACGGAAAGGUAUCCGGAGAAUGCUUCGCUUGAUCUGGAGCAAGGGCACCAACGAGGAAGGAAAGAGCAUCCAGGCCCACCUUAUUGAGUGCUACAAGAAUCUUUACUUCACGCCCCCGCCCAAUUUCGACGAGAAUAAUGCUGCAAACUACCUUGCGAGGAACAUGAUCAGUCUGACAUAUCUCGAUACGCCCGCAGAAUUGACAUCAUUAGAGGAACUUAUCCGGAUCAUGAAGCAGCAGGGCGCUAUCAAGGACUUGGUUAUCGAGAAGCUAUGGCAAGUUUACGGAUAUCAGAAGAAAGAGACAUCCAAAAGCCAAAGACGUGGCGCUAUCAUGGUCCUGGGUAUGCUUGCACUCGCGGAUCCUAAUAUCAUCAGAGAACGGAUGGGCAUCUGUCUGCGCAUUGGUUUGGGCAAGUAUGGACGACAGGACCUUGGACUCGCUCGGUACACAUGCAUCGCCUUAAGGCGCAUAUCGCCAUCUCCUGGAAAGCAAUCCACGAGAGCAUCCCCGGAGAGUGCUGUCAAGUUACAGAACAACCACGAGGUGCUCGGAAAACUAGUCGCCAUCACUGAGAUGAUCUCGGACAGCAACGAAUGGUUUGGGGUGGCGGAACAGGCAAUCAGCGCCAUCUACGUUCUCGCGGCCCAGCCUGAUGCGCUUUGCUCGGAAAUCAUAAAGAGAAAGGCGAAGUAUGUGUUCUCCCUUGGCCAGCGACCUACAUCCAGUGGAUCGAACGCAAGUCUGCGGAGUCAAAGUCAUGUCUCGCAGGACACGCCGAUGCAAGACGUACAUAUGGAGGAUGUUGAGAUGAAAGAUGCCGACAUGGAGGAUAUCAAGAUGGAGGACGUCGAAAUGGAGGAUGCGCCUGCGGAGUUGCCCCGGCAGCCCAAAAGGCAGAACUCGGCUUUGGCUCUAUCUCAGCUUCUCUUCAUUGUGGGACACGUGGCAAUCAAGCAGAUUGUUCACUUGGAACUAUGCGAACAAGCGUACAAGAGGCAAAAGGCGGAACAAAGCAAGAAAGCCCCUCGUGAGUCUGUGGCCACAGAAGGCGAUUCAACCUUGAGACGAGGCAGAAAACAGUCGGCGAAGGCGCCCGCUCCAACUGCUGAAGAAGCUGACGAAUUGGAUCGGAUGGCCGGAGACGAUGAAGAACAUUUCACGGAGACGAUCGCUUACAUUCGCGAGAAUGAGUUGCUCUAUGAUUUCCGUUCCGCACUCCUGUCCAACUUUGGACGUCUUGUUUCCGACAUCUGCCGGAACUACACCUCGUACAAUCACCCCACCCUACAGUCGCAGGCGGCCCUCUGCUUAGCCAAGCUCAUGUGUGUCAGCGAGAGGUAUUGUAAGGAAAACCUCCAGCUUCUAUUCGAUGUUCUUGAGCGAAGCAAAGAUCCCGUCGUCCGCAGCAACCUGGUGAUUGCGGUCGGUGAUAUGGCGAUCCACUUCCACCAUGUCAUCGCAGAGAAGUCCGAGUUCUUGUUCCGCCGCCUGAACGACCGCGAUGCAAGCGUCAAACGGACGUGCCUCAUGACGUUGACCUUCCUCAUUCUUUCGAGCCAUGUUAAGGUCAUUAAGGGUCAACUGGGUGAAAUGGCGAAGUGCCUGGAGGAUGAUGACAAGAGGAUUCUAGACAUGGCACGAAUGUUCUUUAAUGAGUAUGCGAACAAGGACGAGAACAACAUCUACAACCAGUUCAUGGAAAUGUUCAGUACGCUGAGCGCGGACACGGAAUUGGAUGAGGAGGCAUUCCAGAGGAUUAUCAAGUUCAUUGCUAAGCGUGUCACAAAGGAUAAACAUCAGAAGCAACUGGCGGGCAAACUGGCCUCCAGGUUAGCAAAGGCGGACACUCAAAGGAAAUGGAAUGAUGCGGCCUAUACCAUAGGCCUGCUGCACCCGAAAGAUGAAGAGAUACGCCUGCAGCUGGAGGAAGGUUUCAAGGUUGUGCAGACUGAGGCUUAGUACAAGGUAUAUAGGCGGGAGGCAGGUAGUCUUCUUCUUGGAUGGUUCUCUUGGCUACAGGAUCGGCAUGGAAUUGCAUCGUCAUAUCGGACAUGGUCAUGUUGGUGUUCAGGAGUAUGGCCCAAGGCUGAUGGAUCGGAGUUGAUCGAUGGGUCGGUGUGUAGGGUCAGAGCUUACGAUGUACAUGAUUGUUUCUCUUGCUCGGCGUAUACACUGUUGUUGUCAACAUAUUUUCUCGAGCUGAGUCUAUCAGGGGACUUUGUUGUUUAGGUCACCACCACCCUUGGGAGCAACAGUCUCUUCGUUCAUGGAGAGCAACGAGCACUCAUCCUCGAUGUUGUUUUCGUUGAGGACCGACG